GCGGGGCGGGGCGGGGCGCGCGGUGUCGGUUGGAAGCCGAGGCGGAAGGUUGAGCGGGUCACUGGGUGCGGGCUCGUCACUUUCCCCUCCUCCCCCAUUGUUUUGGUGCUGCUUCUGUUCUGUGUGUUCUCUUCGCCAUCCGCCAGCCCACCACUUCUCUUCCCAUUUACAACCAUCGCAUGUCCAACGUAGUACGGAGCUGCUGAUGAAACGAAGUAAGGAAAAGUUUUGGAAAAGGAACACGGGCGAGUCGCGUAGAUCACUCUCCCAAAGGUGAGGUGAAGACUGCUGCCAAUUCAGACGGCACUGCAAUGUGGGCCUCCUGCUGCAACUGGUUCUGCGUGGACAACCAAACGAUGGAUGAACCUGAAUACACUCCUAGAAGGCAGGCGUACACUAAUGCGGGCUACAAUUCUCAGUCACCUCCAGGUGGAUUGGAAAACACAUGUAGAGCAUGCGGUUCUCAGUUUGAAAAUGCCUCACGGAAGCAUGUCUGUGUUGAUUGUAAGAAGAGCUUUUGCACAUCUUGUUCAAUCCAAUCUGAAAAUAGCCCUAAAAUAUGCCACAUUUGCCAGAGAUUUCGCACCACCGACUUCCACCGGGGAGAACUGAUGAAACUGAAAGUGAAAGAAUUGCGUGACUACCUACAUCUACAUGAAAUUUCAAUGGAAAUGUGCCGAGAGAAAUCUGAUCUGGUAGAUUUGGUAAUGGGACAGCAACCUCAGUCCAUACCAUCUAGUCAGGUGCAUAUUCCUCUUUAUAGAAUGGAUACAUCUGAACAGCAGACCUUUAUGUCAAAUGCACCCACAGGGACAACAGCAUCUACCUCUCAUGAUGCUCCCCCACCGUAUGGAGCGACCAACCCAAAUAGCCCAAGAAAUUCUCAGGAACCAAACCUGGCAAACACAGAAGUGAGUGGAGGAAAUCAGAAUGAGACUUCAGCACAAAAUGAUGAUGAGACUGAGUCCGUCAAUUCAGAGGAGAUAAUUGCCCCAGGCCGGCAUAGAGCAUCUUUAUCAGACUUGACUUCUGUGGAAGAUAUUGAAGGUCUAUCAGUACGCCAGCUAAAAGAAAUACUAGCUCGAAACUUUGUAAAUUACAAAGGGUGCUGUGAAAAAUGGGAGUUAAUGGAGCGAGUGACAAGAUUAUACAAUGAACAAAGAGAUCUUCAGAUUCAUGCUGCUGAACUUAAAACACAAGAUGGUGGGACAGGAACUUCGGUUGAUGAGAAUCUCUGUAAAAUAUGCAUGGACUCUCCAAUUGACUGUGUGCUACUUGAGUGUGGCCAUAUGGUCACGUGUACUAAGUGUGGAAAGCGCAUGAGUGAAUGCCCAAUUUGUAGACAGUUUGUCAUAAGGGCCGUGCAUGUCUUCAGAUCUUAAGUAACUACAGCUACUAUGAAACCACAUCAAAUUGAAUGGAAAAGUGCAUUUUCACAACCCAGAUCCCAUCCUACUGAUCAACACCUUCCAGUUCACUUUUCCUACCAGUAAGACAAUUAACACAUUUCUACUUUACUCACUGAAAACAUUUAGUUGAUCAGAAAGUUUUACAUAAUAAUAUCAUUUUGCCUUGACUUUGCUAAAAGGGUAACUUACUAAGCCUCAACAUCUUGCAUUAUUAAAAAAAAAAGUAGGGUAUAAAUGAAUGAAGGAAAUGGGAUUGGAAGGAAAAUUAUAUGCCCAAAGUAAAGCAAGGUUAUUAGAAGCCAUGAGGCUUGUGCUGCCCCAUGGAAUGACAUUCUGUUUGAGCUCUCUCAGGAUGUCACUAAUCCUGAAAAUGGGAGGUGACAGUUCUCCGGGUAAUCAUUGUUUUACGUGCCUUUUGAUGAAAGAAUUGUGAGUUGACAGAUCAUGAGUGCAGGUUGCUGAAGGCAGGACACAAAAAACAGAGAUUAUUAAAAUUAAACCAGGUUCUUUUGGAGAUAAUUAGUAUUUUUGAAGGAUGUUGUGCCUGUGGACUAAGCACUCAAAGUUUAACAUAAGACUGAAGACACUUUAUAAAUUGUGGGUUUAGUUUUUGCCAAUGGUUAGUAAGAGUGGGUGGUGGUAGAAGGGGGCAGUGCAGCUCCAAGUAAUGGAAGCCUAUGCUUGAGAAAAUAAUAAAGCAAAGAAGUAAUUGCUUUAAAAUGAAUAAGAAGUGAUAGAUGAUUGAAAGUUCACAUCCUCAUGUUAUUUUAUAAUGAAAGUAUAUGGAUAGAUUUGUUGCUUCUAGCUGAAACUAAGCUGUGCCACGCCUACCUGAUUUCAUAGACUAAAUCCAAGGCCACUUACGUAACAAGCAACCAUUCCUAUUACAACCUACAUACCCCUAAAUGCAAGGCAAAAUCAGUCUUUGCUUACAUUACACAUACAUUUAUAAGUCAUACUGGGUUGAUAAGAUGCACCAUCUUCAUUGUAUUAUACCUCAAACUUUAAAACAAAACCACGCAAAGAUGCAUGGUUCCAUAUCAUUUAUACAGUUCUGUGCAAUCAGAAUCUUCCUAUUUUGAAGCACGUAGUAUGCCUAAAGAUCAGUAGAAAUGCAUAAAUUUAAAAGUAAACACAAUUUGUCUUUUUAAAUCCAGUCUGUUGAUCUUUAAAUUUGCAUUUAUCUCCUGUGCAAUAUUGCAGGUAAACGUUUACAAGCUAACUUUACUAAGAAGGCUAAAGGUCAAAAAACAGAAAUUGUGCUGUUAAAUCAGUUGUGAUUGACCAAUGCCAGCACUCGUAUCUCAUAUUCAUAUUCAGAAUAUAGUCAUAUUCUGCAAUCAUAUUCAUAUUCGUUCUAGCUUGUUGUUCAGAUGCUGUUUUCCUUCAGUUUGCACUCAUACCACAAUCAUGAUCUGAAUUUAAAUUAAACCAACUUCCUUUUUAAAUCUUCCAAUAACACAAAGAACAUUUCUACAAUCAUAUGUGAUGUUUGUGCUUUGUAUUGAAGAAUGGUGUGCCUUCAAGUAGUCUUAUCCAUGCACUUUCUUUUCGCUGGUCAGGGUUUUAAUAUGCAAAUAAUGUACGGUAUUAAUAGUUGGAAUAUAAUCAAUCUGUUUAAAUAUUUAGACCAUUGCAUUGUACCUGGUGCUCUCCAGUGAUGCAGCAGUGCAAUUUCUUGUUCAUCUAAAUGGAUAUGUCUACUGUUUCCUCCUUUCUCAGGAAAAAGCUGUGUUUUUGACCGAUUUCCUUUAAAUUUAUCCCAUCCUUUUAAAUCUUUUCUCUAAUUCAACCGGUUUUUUGACUGCAGAAGUUGACCAUUCAUGUUUUGAGAUGGUAUUACUUGCAUCUUGAACACAAUAACUGGAGGAAGGCAUGGCUGUUAGUCCUGGUUAUCGAGUUUACAUUUAUACAAACCUUUUGAAUGGUCACAGUGCCUAAAUGUAUCAAAAUUUGACUAUUUAUACCACCCGCAUCUUCCACCUGUACCAAAAACAGAUGUAUAUUAGUCUCAUUAAGAAUAUUCUACAAGAGGCAUUUCACCUGGGUAACAAAAUAUCUCCCAUUAUUCUAAAAUGGUGGAAACUGAUAUUCUGCCAUGUCCUAUUUAUAUUAUAUACUCUAUGAUAAAUUGUUUACUGGGAAGAAGUGCAACAUAAUCAUUUCCUCUGCUAUAAGUGCUAUUUUGAACUAGCCUAUAAUUCUGUGAUUAAUCUAUGAUUAAUUCUGUAAUCUAUCUUCAGGCUUCCCACUUUACAUUUUCUUUCAUCCCUAACCUCUCUGUCUAGCAUCCAUCCCCCCACACCCUGUUCCUCUGCCUGUCCCACCUAUCAAGUGAAUACUGUAAUACAUAGAUUUUUGAUAUACUUGGUACAUUGGGGUGGAGAGUUUGCUGCUCUGAGCAUCAUUCUCUAAAUAUAAUCUCUCAAAUACACAAAAUAAUCAAAUUCACUCUCCUUUUAUGGUGUUGAAAUCUCCAUGAUGCUGCUGAGAGAAUGGACCAAAGUGAGUGCAGUAUAAUAUCUGGAGUGAAGGCUUCUUAAUAUAAUUGGAAGAGGGUUGGAAUUUUCUCAAGGCUUUUCCUAUUUGGCAACUGUGAUUUGACAUGUUAGUAGGAUGUUAAUUUAUCUCAAAAUGUGAUUGGACCCAAUUUACUUAAACAUCAAGUUUAUUUGUGCAAAGUAAUUUGUGUAAAAACUAUUUUGAUAGAAAUCAGUCUUACUGAAGAAUGCCUUUGUCACCUUUUACAAUUUGGGCAAAUUAUUGCAUUUGCAGGUUUAUCUAAUUUUAUACUAUUUGAUAUCAGCUUAUAUUUUUUACAUAUGGAUUGUAUCUGCUUUUUUUAAAAGAAGAUGGAAAAGCAUUAUGGUUGAAAAAAAGCUGUCAAAUAAGCAUGGGGUAUAGACAGACUACUGAAGAUGUACUUUCAGUUUAGCCUUCUCCACAAAUAUGGCUUUUGAAUCAUACCAAUCUCCAAAUGAAAAUUGAAGAUAAAAAUUAUAUCCUUUUUGUUGAUCCAUGGAUUUUCAGGUCAUUUUCCCCUUCCUUUUCUACGACUCCAAUGUUCUUCAGUCUAGUUAUCUCUGAUUUCUGUUUUUUACAAAUCGGCACAUCUUUGAAAAAAUACUAUGUCAAGAUUUUUUUUUCCCCCAGCUCCUGCCUUUUUGUAAAUAAAUUGUGUCUUUGAUGUGACAAGGAUUCUGCUGCUUUGCUUUCAAAAGCAGACCCUUGGGGAAAGUGGACAUGACAUUUCUGAAGGAGAGAAGAAAUGUUCAUUUCUCCCUUUUCAUUCUCAACAUUUCCUAAACUUCUGAAUAUUUCAUAUUACCUGAAGUGCCUUGGAUGUUGCUUUCAAGUGCUCACUAAUAGUGCAGAAGCAGAAGAAUAGUUCUAUUUUUAUAGAGAAUUAAAGUAAAACAGAUCCCGUUGAUUCCACAGGCCAAGAUACUAUAGGGGAAAGGAACAUUGCAUUUGUAUAAUUCUGCAGCCCCUAUCCAUUUUAUAGAAAAAUGUAAUACGAGCUGAUUUAUGUGAUUUAUCUGGCCAUACCUGUGGUUUCACUAGUUCGAUGGCUUUUAGAAAAACAACAGGGACUUUAUCUUUGAAUCAUGCUGAGCGUCAUUCUGUUAGGCUGUGGAGCUGGUAUCCCAGUCCACAGAGCUUUGUUUUUCCUGGAAUCCAGGUAUUCUGCUGUAACAGCGUUCAACACAAAUAUGUUACCAUUCUGUUUCAGCAGUCUAAGGAAAUAUUUGCCUCUUGUGGUCUUAAAAUUGACAGGUUACCUGCAGUGAUUUUAUACUUGUGGCAUUAUUUAUUGAAUUGCCAUUUGUAUUUUGACUAAUAUAUUCAGGAAAAAUAGACAAAGAUUAAGUACUGUCCAUUGCAUAGAUCUCCUUUCCUGUUUAUCUCAUGCUAGCUUUUUAUUCCAAUUCAUUUUUUUUUAAGAAUGAAUAAAUCGUAUUGUAAAUGGUCUAAUUAAACUAAUUGCAGAAACAUGAAAGACUACCUGUCGAUUUUCUUUUAAAAGUUUUCAGGAUCCGCUGUAAUCUGUCUAUUUAAACUUCAAAGUUAUAUUGGGGAAAAUGCAAGCUGAAGAUCAGUUUUCUCUCUAGAUUAAGAAUGCAAAACUUUAACUGGGUGCUUGUGUUCACUUUUACUCAACUUAAUUUUGCAAUAAAGCAGUUUUAUUACAAAAGUGUAAUUGCUGAUGUGAUUUUCAAAAAAUCAAUUAGAAAAUGUAGCAUUCCUUAAACUGGUGAUCAAGGUAUUUACAUGUGAAAUGCAUAUCUCAUUGAAUGUAUAAUUUCAAAAUGUUUAAAGCAAAUGUUUUUUCUUUUUAUUAAAUAUUAUUUCCAAUAAUAGGUGUUGAAUGUAAUAACAUUGGAUGCAUUGUUUAUUUCAUAAAAUAACUGGGAGUCAUGAGCAUAAUUAAAAAAGUAAGACAAAAAUAAACUUCCUUUAUCAAAAGUA